UCCGCCUCCGCCUCCGCCACCGCCGGCCUGCUGCCCUUCCAGGACCGGAAUAGGCCCUAUGACACUUUUAACUUGCACUCUUUGGAGAAUUCCUUAAUGGAUAUGAUCAGAACUGAUCAUGAGCCUCUGAAAGGUAAACACUACCCUCCCAGUGGCCCAGUGAGUUUCGCUGAUAUUAUGUGGAGGAAUCAUUUUGCAGGACGCAUGGGAAUAAAUUUCCAUCACCCAGGAACGGAUAACAUCAUGGCACUUAACAGUCGGUCUUCUCUCUUUCCCUUUGAAGAUGGCUUCCUAGACGACAGUCAUGGUGAUCAGUCUUUAUCGUCCGGUCUGAGCUCUCCAACUCGCUGUCAAAAUGGUGAACGAGUGGAACGCUAUUCUAGAAAGGUGUUUGUUGGAGGCCUGCCUCCUGACAUUGAUGAAGAUGAAAUCACUGCCAGCUUUCGGAGGUUUGGACCUCUGGUGGUGGAUUGGCCUCACAAAGCUGAAAGCAAGUCAUAUUUUCCACCUAAAGGCUAUGCCUUUCUGCUCUUCCAGGAAGAAAGCUCUGUCCAAGCUCUAAUAGACGCCUGCCUAGAGGAAGAUGGAAAACUUUACCUGUGUGUAUCAAGUCCCACCAUCAAGGACAAGCCGGUGCAAAUCCGACCUUGGAACCUGAGUGACAGCGACUUUGUCAUGGACGGCUCUCAGCCUCUGGACCCCAGGAAAACCAUCUUUGUCGGUGGGGUGCCACGACCCCUUCGCGCCGUCGAGUUGGCGAUGAUCAUGGACCGUUUGUACGGAGGAGUCUGCUAUGCCGGCAUUGAUACGGACCCCGAGCUGAAGUACCCCAAAGGGGCUGGCAGAGUGGCUUUCUCCAAUCAGCAGAGCUAUAUUGCUGCUAUUAGUGCUCGCUUUGUGCAACUCCAACACAAUGAUAUUGAUAAACGGGUGGAAGUGAAGCCAUAUGUGCUGGACGACCAGUUGUGCGACGAAUGCCAGGGCACGCGCUGUGGCGGGAAGUUUGCCCCGUUCUUCUGUGCCAAUGUGACCUGUCUGCAGUAUUACUGCGAAUACUGCUGGGCCAGCAUCCACUCGCGGGCCGGGCGGGAGUUCCACAAACCACUGGUGAAGGAGGGAGGCGACCGCCCGCGCCACGUCCCCUUCCGUUGGAGCUGAGCGCGUUCGUCCCUGGUGGCUUGGACCGGAGCUGAGAAUGGAGGAGGAAGAGGAGGAGGAAGAGGUGGAGAAGGAGGGAAAGGGCGGGCACCGCUGCCCCGGGGCUCCCGGGAUUCUGGAAAUCUGUGCAUUUGCUCUCUACGUUGAAGAAGAGAUGGGUCUUUGUUCUUAUGUGAUGUAUUCUUUUCCAGUCUCAUUUACCGAACCUAGCGUCCCGUAGAAUGCAAACCUGCAGAGUCACUGUUCCGAUUUGCACUUUGAUUCCCACGUCGUCUGCUUGGUACCUUAAUUUCUCCCCCGAGACCUGUCACUAGUGACAGGAUGUAGAGACCGCCGUGCUCACCGGCUCCGUCGGCUCGAUCUCUGUGUGACCGUUCUUUUUUAUUCUGAUUCUUUUUAACCUGGAGCAUGCACUUAUUUUCAGAAACAGAGUGGCCCCUAGAAGAUGAUUUACCAAAGGUAAUUACUCCUGAGUAGGUGGAAGAUGUAGCAGAAACAUCCUAGACCUUCAGCAGUCAUUAGUUUGGCUCAUUCAGCGUAGGACUAACCCACGAGGAAAGACACCUUAUUUAGCUGUUCUCCAAUUGGAUUUGUAAGGAUGAUACCUCAUAAGCUGGAUUGGUUGGUUUUUUGGGUUUUUUUUUUUUGGUUGGUUUUUGGUUGGUUGGUUUUGUUUUUCAACCUCGUUGUCGUGUUGCUGAGGGUUUCUUUUGUUGUGCGUUUUUAUUUUGAGUUUUUUUUGUGUGGGGCGGCGGUUAGAACUUUUUAGUGUUAUGUAAAUGUAUGCUGCAAUAGCUUUUGCUGCUAUUAAAAUGGUAUCGUUAAUACCAUAAUACUCGAUUCAGGCUAGGGUAUCAGUGGGGGAAAAAAAAAAAAGACGUGCGAUUUGGACCCAGUCACGGCUGCCGAGGGGAGAGGCGUCUGGGGGAUGGGAAAGCUUCUGAGGAAGGGGUCAGGAUUCUUGACUGCAUGUUUACUUAACCAGAUUGCUGCAUGCAAUAAGUUCUCUAUCUAACGUCUAAGCGUAUCCUCCCCCAGCCCUCCCCCGAGAUGCCCCGACAGAGGGUCGACGGAGACUACGGAAGACUCCUCCGAUUUGUUUCGUUCGGGGAGGGGAGGGGGCCGUGGCCAAAAAUCUAAUGGGAAAAAAAAAAAAAUCAGACCCCCGCGGGAGGAAGCCGAGCUUCUGGGAUCCCAACUGGACCCUCCCGGCGCAAACCGAUAUUACGUCCCACCGAAGAAACUAGAUGUAGGAUCUUCUCCAACACCGAUCUGUGUGAAUGAUAGAUGAAGUACUUCUGCGGUGCUGUUCUAUAUCGUGCAAUUUAUUUUAUAUAGUCAAGGUGAUUAUGUCUAGUACUGUGAUCAAAAUGAACUGUUAACCCCCUCCGUGUCACAGAGUUAACCAACUGGACCGUUCACAAAGUGGUAGGUAAAGACCACCGAGAGAGCUCUUAGUUAAAAGGAAAACCGAAAUCUCCAAAUCGCUUCCACCGCGGAAGGUGGCGUCCCACCUCGCUCCGAAGGGCAAAGAGCUUGUUUUUGCUUCUCCACGCCACUCAUCCGUUAACCACGGAGAGACGGGCCGAGGCCCUCGGGCACGUUUGAGGAGAGUCACGGGCAGAAGGAGGAAGAGACGCGUAAUGCCCCGAGGAAGGUAUCGGCGAAGAAGUCGUCUUUCCCGAUCACGGAGUCACUCCUCAACGUACCCGGACGCAUCCCGCGAAGCCGGACCGCGAGGACGCGCUGACGUGGCGGACGCCCUCUCGUUUCUUUAGGCCGCCUGGCGGGGCCACGCGGACAGAGAGGGUGGUCGACACGAGCCAGUUGAGCUGGGGAAGGAUUUUGAGAGGCGAUGCCCGCCGCGGGGGGCCUCCCCUUCCACCCGUGGUUGGCAGCUCGGGGCACCGUCCGACCGGGUGCGGCGCGACAGCAGCGGUUGCGGUGGUCGUGCGUGUUGCGUGUGCGACGAUAGCCUCGUUCGGUCUUAAGCGAGUCCGUUCUUUGCGUUUUUUUGGUUUCAUUUUUAUCCCGUGUCGGGUGGCGAUCAUUGGCUCUGAAAGCUUUUGUUUUCUCCAAGGGGAAAAAGAUGGGCUUUUUUGGGUGUGUGGUUGGUUUUUAACUGGUCUCGAAUGCUUCUUCGAGUUCUCCCUUUGGAGGUGACCUCGGGCCGAGGGACAGGAAGGUCGCUUUCCUCAGCCCAGGGUUUACAUCAGUUUCUCUCUCUCUCUGGGUUUGGUUUUCAUCCGUCUGAGACGUUUUGUUAUGCACUACAACUAUUAAUAUUACUAUUAUUGACUACUACUUUUUGUAUCUAGACAGUUUUCAAUAGUGGCUGAUGAAGAUUUUUUUUUUUAAGGGAAAAGGCAUGCUUUCUGACUGACAUGAUCUUUUGCAAUACCUCAAUUUUGAAAUAUAGGAAAGAAAAUGAUAUUUUCUAAGUAAGUUUAUUCAGAAAAUAUAUAUAUUAAUUUAAUUCUGCAAGAAAAUGAUUUAACAGAUGGGUAACUUUAUUUUUUUCAUGCUUAUUUGCGUUUUUGGAAAUGACGAAGCUAGAGCUUUGUAACUGUAAUAUUAAAUCCUAGCAAACCUACAGAAAUCUACCUAAGCGAACGAAGCAAAACUUUUUAAAGAAACACCCCUCUUUCGGGUGCCCCGGAAACAAAGAGGCCGGAAGAUAGGGAGCAGAAAAGUCGAGCUAACAGCGAAGGAACGACCCCGUCGUGAAGAAUGGUUUGUAAGAACCCAACUCCAUCUGGUGCUGAGAGCGGUGGAAAGGCGGCGAAAACAGAUAUUUUUUUUGUUUCCCCCCCUUAAUUUGUAUAUUUAUAAUCAAGCGUUGAUUCCGCACGACUGACCAGAAUUGUGAAAGAGUUCUUCCGUUGGUAUUUUUUUAUGAAUAACUUUUUUUUAGUUGACGAAACGAUGAGCACGUCCCCCUUCGGCUGGGGGUACGGAGCCGCCCGGGCGCUCCAGGUUCUUUUCGGGAGAAGGUCCUCCGAGCCAGUGAUUUUUUUUUAUUUUUUAUUUUUUUUGUUGGUUGGUUUUGGUUCUGGUUUUUGGUUUGGUAACCUACAAAGGUGGUCGGUACUAAAGCCUGGCUGGGGCCUUGGGGCCCAGGGGCCCCGAUCGUGGCCUUGACACUUGAACUGGUCGACUUUUAUUUUAUUUUAUUUUUUCCGAAGGCGAUAACCUAACCUCGACUCUUUGUUGUUAUGUGCAAUACUGUUUGUACUGUUUGUAUAAAAAUAGAAAAAGCAAAGAAAAAAAGGCAUAAAUCUUUAUUGCAGAUUUAUUUUCCUUGCAAACUUUAGACAUUGUGAUUCACUGAGAGCAUUUUUCUACUGUCAAAUAUGCACCUUUCUUCAUGCUGGUAUUUUUCAAUAGGGAUGUAGCCUUUGUACUGAGACAAAUUUUCAUUGUUAUUUUUAGAAAGAUUUUUUGCUAAGAAAAAAGAUUAAACAUAUUUACAUAUUUUUCAUUUUCUUUCGUAUUUUCUUUAAAGAGCGCUUUCUCGAUCAUUACUCGAGUUGUGUCUGGGAGGGACUUUCCUAUCUGGUCAAUGUCAUUAAUAUUAUUUUGUAUUUUUACUUGGAAUAAAUUAAUUUUAUGAUGCUAAUUCUUUAAAGGUUUAUUUUUUUUUCAUCUUCGGUUAUUUUCGAAGCUAAAGAUCUUUGUAAUCUUGUUACUAAAGUGUCUAGUUUUUUGAAACGCAGAGCUUUAUGUAUUAACCUGCUGAUGUGGUUUACAGUAGCGCGACGGUAACGGCGACGGUUCCGUGAGGCGACGGAGAGUGUAACGGAUAAUCGGGCAAUAAAAAGGACAGAACGAAGCAGAAAAUGGGCUACCUGGACCAGCCUUUAUCUUUCUCGGAGGGGCUCAGGAUCAGGCUAGGGUGGUCGCGGUCGAGCUCGGCGGCCGGGCCGGGCCACGCUCGCCCAGAAACCCCGGGGCCCGUCUCCCGCCGGGGGCCGCGUUAUCGGCCGCUCUCCACGCCGGGGGCCGGGCUGGGAUGGGUCCCCGCCCUCGCCUGCCCCCACGGUGCCCCGUUCCUCUCCAACGGGCAGCCGGGCCCACCUGCUUGGCGAAUCUGCCCAUCCUCUCCUCUCCCUGCCCUUCCCUCCCCUUCUCCGCCGUCAGAGCCAGAGGCCCCUCGGUCUGGUCCCGAAAGACGGAGCUCCGAGAGGCAGGGCAAGCUCCCCCGGGGGGGCUCGGACGUUCCCGCCCGUCUCCGAUCCCCUCUCCCGGGGCCCGGCGGCCGGAGGAACUGGGGUCGGCGGAGUCGGCCGCCCUCCCUCGUCGUGGGCCGACCGGGCCGCGUGGCGGACUUCCAGUUCGGACUCACGUCCCAAUCCCCACCGUGGCUCUGCGGCGGUCACCGAGCCGGGCCGGCGAGAGGCCGAACCGGAAAGCCGUCCCCGAGUCGGGCCGAAAUCCCCUCUCCGGGGAGCGCUCUCUUAGCCCGGCGGGGGAGCGGCUGGGCCGACUCAACUAGCUGACGCGUUUUUGCGGAUCCGACUUUCUCUCUCAGGUCGGCGAGCGAGUGGUUCUGAACCGGGAACCGUUUCCACGGUAUUCUCUGAGCGUCGUGACCUCUCUGCCCGCCAGGUCCAAGGGAGAGAUGGGUCGCGGAUGAGUACUCGCGGACGAGGACCGACGUUCUCUGGGGGUAGCCUGGUUUAGAUGGGCAACUGCCGCUUUUUAGACGGACGCGUGCGGCCCGCGCGUGCCCGCCCGACCUCCCUGUCUCCCAGCCUCCCCCCUCAGUCUCGGCCCCUACCGCAGAGUAUUGCAGAACCGCUGCCGGCGAAGACCCUACCCCGACAAGGGUCCUGGCCGGGAGGUUCGCUGGGCUUUUCUGGGUCACUCACCUGGAGUUAGCUUGUGGGAUGUAUUAAAGUGCUUCUGACGUGCUAAGCGCUGGGCUGAGCUCUGGGGUAGACGCACGAGAGUCGGCUCGGGAGCCCGUGGGAAACCAGAUGAGGAAACCGAGGCACGGCGAGGUUAGGCGGCUCGCCCGGGGGCGGCGGAGCCGGGGGCGGACGCCCCGUCGCGGGCUCUUCCCGCUAGGCCACGCUGCCUUUACGUUUAGGUGAAGACCAAGUUUAGCAACGAGUAGAAAACUAGGGUGCUAAACCAGGACGCUGAUUUCUGCUAUUCUUUCUGGACGUAGUUCCGUUGGGGUACGAAGUAUUAGGUAUUUGUAAUUUUGCUGUCGAAAUAACGGCCGUGACUUUUAAGAGCGUCACGGCUAAGACUCUGUAUCUGUUUUUCAACUAACAGCCGGUUUUCAAUGUACCAUAUCUUCGAUGACAUGUUCUCCUCGCUUGUUUUUGCCUUCUCGGCGUGAACUGAUGCUUGUCUGGAGCUGCAAUACUAUGACUAGCCGUGGCACGCGAUGCUGCUUUCGCUUACAACUGCUGAAACUUUGUCGUUUGGACUUUAGUUUUUCUGUAACAACAACGUAUUAAACCCGGUUGUACAAAGCA